UCUUCAGGGGGAGAAGUUGAGGUUCACUUCACAGUUUCUCUUUGAGUGAAGAGGGGGAAGGUUGACCUUGUGGAAAUAAACCUGCACUUCUCUCCUUGUUGCACCUGCGAACAUGACGCGAAGACCCUGCGCCAUUUACGCAGUGGGGACCAUCUGCGCCCUCCUGCUGGUCUCUGGAAUAGGACUGAUCCUGGCUCGGAUUUUCCAAACGAUUAUGCACAAUCGUCUAAAAAAGGAGAUUGUUUUGGUGGAGGGCAGUCGUGUGUUUGAGUCCUGGAAGACCCCUCCCCCUCCCGUCUACAUGGAGUUUUUCUUUUUCAAUGUGACCAAUGUUGACGAGUUCCUCCAAGGGGCCAAACCACAACUUGAUCAGAUUGGGCCGUACACGUACAGGGAGUACAGGUACAAGGACAAUGUAACCAUGAUUAAAAAUGGAACAAUGGUGUCUGCAUACAAUACAAAAAGCUUUGUCUUCCUGAGAGAGAAGUCUGUGGGAGACCCAACCGUCGACGCCAUCACCACUGUCAACAUCCCUAUUUGGGCUGUGAUGAACAAGGCAAAAGUCAGUUUCUUCCGUUCCUCAAUGGCAAACGUCUAUAUAAGCGCUACCAAAAGUGAACUUUUUACUACGCGCACCGUCGAUGAAUUACUUUGGGGCUAUGAAGAUCCACUGCUGGCCAGAAUAGCUGUUGGUAAUAAGGAAGUGGACAAGAUCUUUGGCCUCAUGUACAAGAAAAACGGAAGCAAUGAUGGGGAAUUUGUCUUCCACACGGGAGAACAGAACUACUUGGAUUAUGGACGGGUUGAAACUUGGAAAGGUCAAAGACAGCUGACUUUCUGGUCAAGUAAUGAAAGCAACAGCAUCAUUGGAUCAGAUGGAAGUGCUUUCCAUCCCUUAUUGAACAGGGAUGAACGCAUUUUUAUCUUCACUCCAGACCUGUGCAGGACGAUCUACAUGGAAGUCGAGAAAGACGUUGAGGUGAAAGGAAUCCCCGCGUAUCGCUUCACACCGCCGCGCUCGGUUUUGGCCAGCAAGGAGGAGAACCCGAACAACAAAGGCUUCUGCAUCACCCCGACAGAGUGCCUGGGAACCGGGCUCCUGAAUGUCAGCCCUUGUCGGAACGGUGCCCCAGUGGUUGCCUCCUUCCCUCAUUUCUAUCUGGGUGAAGAGAAAUAUGCAGCUGCCAUGAAUGGGCUGUCCCCUAAGAGAGAGCAUCAUCAAACCUUUCUAGAUCUCAACCCGACUACCGGAGUGAUUGUGCGUGCGAGCAAAAGAGCACAGGUUAACAUCUUGAUGACCAAACUUUUUGGAUUCCCCAAAACAAAGGGCCUGAAUGGUACCAUCUUUCCUGUUAUGUUCCUCAAUGAGAGUGUGGUGAUUGAUGAUGUAUCUGCAGCAAAAGUGCAGAAACUGCUGAUGAUUGUUAAUCUGGUGUCCAACUUUCCGUUCUUUAUUGUUGGGCUGGGUGGGACCAUGUUGCUCAUCUUCAUCAUCCUUCUCUUCCGGGCCCACAGACAGAAGAAGGAAGUUAAGUGCACUGAGUUUACCAAGGCUUUGUAUUCUACUUCAAAGGAAGACGGCACCUCUUACUCUCCAGCCAAUGUCAAAGACAUAGAUGAUCCUAAAAAUGGAAACUACAUCGGCAUGACACCCAAAGCUGACCCGCAGGCUUGAGGAGGAAGUCGCCGAAAAAGGGGCUCGCAGAGAAAGAUUUAAAUUUGAACACAAAUGAUAGUUUUUUGUGUGUAAAAAUGUCCAUAUUUAGCACACACAAAAAAAUUGUUUGACUUCUUAAUGCCUAACUUUGUGGAGUUAUUCCCCACUAGUUAUUGAUUAAAGAUAUAGAGAGCACUUUCUCUAAAACAAAAUGUGUCCUUGGUGCUGUGCUCUCCAUCUGUUUGUCACUUUGAGCUCAGUGCGUUCAGAUAAAUUUACCACUUCCAGAUAAACAUCCGUUUAGGGAUGCAGCGUAUGGACAUCUAUAAAUGUAGUGUUUUUUUAUGGGGUUAUAUAUUCUCGGGGGUUACUGAUUAGAUGCUGUCAAACUAGUAAAUCAGGAAAAAGGUGAAGCUGUGAGUCGUAACAAUCUGCUCAGUAUUAUUCUUUUCCAGCGUGCCUUCUCUAAAUUCAGUGUUGCAAAAACUUUUAGUGGUUCAUUAGUUUGUGCUCAGACUGCAUUCAGAGCUGCACUCGUCAUUGUUACCUGAAAGAUUUUUGUGCUGCUUUUUGUGCUGCUUUAUUCCUAUCAGUGUGAUAAAGAAAAAGGUCAAACAAAACACUUCGUAUUUGGAUAAUUUUUUUUGUAAAAUAAAGCAACCUUUUGUUUUUGUGUAUGUUAAUGGAGAAAUAUUUGAAUGUAGAACAUAUCCAGUUCAAGCAACAAAUUUAAGUUUGAGCUACGAACUGUAGUUUUAUGAGCCACAGUUUUAUCAGCCAUCAUAAUGCCUUAAAAACCUGAUGGAUGCUUUUUAUAAAUGCUUUUACUAACAUGAGUAUUCAGAAUAAAACCCUUUCUUUUUAGAAAUGCUGUAGUUUUAAAAGGAACAGGAUUAUUUUUGUUCCUUUUAUUUUUUUUAAUGAAGAAAGUGUCAUGCCCAUCGACUUUCAAGUGCUUUUUUUUCUGAAAAUAGAACAUAAAACUCAUAAAAGGUAUUUUACUGUAUUUCCAGGAGACUGAAAAUGUUUGUUUUCUGGUCAUUUUUGAUGUAAUAUCAACUGAAAAAAAGAACAUGCUGUGGAAUGAUUCAAGUUAAACUGUGAUGAGCCUCGGCUUUUAUUGUUGUUUCUAUUUGUCGUAACAUUUCAGGACUUAUUUCAUCCCAGCCCAUUACUCACACAAUGUUAUCAAUGUAUAAAUUAGAUAGUUUUUUUUUCCUUAUUCAUCUGAUUUUACUAUUUCACUUUGAAUCAGUGUUUAAUCCAAUUCUAUUUAAUAACAAAACCCAGAAGUAAGACAAUAAAUAUCAUGGAGAUAUUUAGUAGUUUUAAAAUAAGAGGGCUGACUUAAUAGAUAACUCUUGUUUUUUUAAAAGCAAGAUGCACAGUAUUAUACAAUAUUAGUCUAGUUUAGAUGAAAGAGGAUAUAUUUUGUUACACUGACAAAACCAAAACACUGAGAGCACCACUUAGACUCUAAACUGAGCUACUUUGUGCCAAAUUUUAGUUCUUCAAUUGUCUUGUAAAAAUAUUGUUACUGCUACAACCACAAAAUUCCUCUGAUUAUCAGCCUGUUAUGAAAUGACUGUUAUUGCUGUUUUUACUCUGUACACAGAAAUAAAAAGUAGUUUGAGUAGA